CUUGUAAAUGAAUGAGGUUUACGGAAAUAGUUUUUCCGCCUUUUUUACUCAGGCAGUUAUGUUAUGCUGUUACGUCAUUAUGUUAACUUGAGCGCCUUUUUUAGUACGCCUUUGAGCAAUUGAUAACUACGAGCUACUUGUGCUAUUCGCAAAAACAUCGCAGUUGCGUUUUCAUACAGAGUGAAAUGGUAGACAGAGAACGAAGGGCAAACGCAGGGGCUAAAAUGUUAGAAAUCAUGAAGUCCUUGAAGGAAAACGAAACGACCGAUAUCGAUACCACGCCAGUUCGACCCUCGCCAGCAGCAAAAGGUCAGGACGGUCAACACGAAAAAAUUGCUUCCCCGCGUGAUAUAGCGGACCUCGAAUCAAAGUGCCAAGAUCUCGAGAGAAAGCUACAGCAGAUGAAACUGGAGAAUAAAUACCGCGACUUGCAGACUCAAAUACAAAAGGAAACCGAGAUGCGUGCUGCAACCCCCCGUCCCGUAGAGGCACUGCUGCAAGCCCCACUAGAAACGGAAACGAGGACUUGGACUCGGGAAGUUCCACAGGAAUUUCAAGAUGGGGCCGAGCUUCGUCAAGCACUGCGCAUGGCAGCCAGUCGCCUGAGGACCCAGGGAUGGGCGGUUAGCACCAAGAAAACUUACCAAGCCCAACUUACCUGCUAUCUGGACUUUUGUGCUAAAGUUAACUUACCUGGAGUACCAGCAGCACCUGAGCAGAUUAUCUUAUACAUUGCAUACUUGGUGGAUGUGAAGUCCUUUAAGUAUAGUACCAUCAAGAAUUACCUGAACAUUGUGAAACAUUUACAUUGUGCUAAUGAUUUAGAUGACCCUAUUCAUGGAGUGUGGUCCAUUCAGCAAACCCUGAAGGGAGCAAAACGUGAACUUGGUGAUGCCCAGGGAGCAGCGACACCUAUUCAGCCUAGACAUCUCUUACUGAUUAGGAGUUCCCUAUGUUUAGAUCUGAAGGAGGACUUGUCCUUUUGGACGGCAUGCCUUAUCGCCUUCUUUGGACUUCUGCGGCCUGGAAACUUCUUAUCUCAGGGACCUAUCUGUGUUCCAGACCGUGAUUUGUGUAUUCAAAAUAUAAGCCCACAUGCCAAGGGCUUCUUGUUAUCCCUGAAUUGGACCAAGACCCUGCAAUUCCGAGAGCACCAACUUCAAGUUACACUUCCUGACUUGCAUGGUCACCCACUGUGCCCAGCCAGUGCCUUGCGCAGCUUAUUUCAUCUGCUCUUCAUUGACCCUUUAACGUCUGACACCUCACCCCUCCUACAGAAGGCAAACGGCGAACCCCUGUCUUAUAGUUGGUUUCUGUCGCGACUGCGGAGAGUCUUGCCUGGAGUGGAUAUAACUGGGCACUCCUUUCGAAGGGGAGGGGCCACUUGGGCCUUCCAGCAAGGAUUACAAGGCGAGUUGAUACAGGAACUGGGCUUCUGGAAGAGCAACGCCUAUCUGCGCUACUUAGAGUCUACCACUGACCAAAAGUUCGAAAAAAUGUACCAGUUUGGUAGAGGACUACCUUUCAGUCUUUAGGGGGGUUUUGGGGGUUUUUUUUGAGGUUUUAGUCCCCCUCUCCUCUUUCACACAUUAUUUACAUGGGUCUGGGAGGUUACAUGUACAUUCACAUGUAUGUUCUUUGUGUUUUUAUUCUACUUUAAGUUGAGCUAUUCACUGUGCAUUGCAAAUAAAUCUUUGUACGCCCAGACUCAUCUUUUUUAUAUAUAUUGAAGUAAAAUGUUAAUUCUUGUAAAUGAAUGAGGUUUACGGAAAUAGUUUUUCCGCCUUUUUUACUCAGGCAGUUAUGUUAUGCUGUUACGUCAUUAUGUUAACUUGAGCGCCUUUUUUAGUACGCCUUUGAGCAAUUGAUAACUACGAGCUACUUGUGCUAUUCGCAAAACCCACCCACCCCCACCAGUAGUAUUACUGCAGUCUGUAUACUUUGUAUAAUUUAGCACAUAUGGGAGGUUACAUGUACAUUCACAUGUAUGUUCUUUGUGUUUUUAUUCUACUUUAAGUUGAGCUAUUCACUGUGCAUUGCAAAUAAAUCUUUGUACGCCCAGA